GGGAAAGAGAAAUCAACAGCCAUUAUAAUGCAGUGUGAUUUGUUACGGGAACCAAAGGUGGCGCCUCUAACCCUUUCUGGGGCAGAGAAGUAAGACUAACAGUAGCUAGCAUUCACUGAGCUCUUAUUAUAGAUCAGGCAUUUUCCAUUUAAUCCUUACAAAAAUGCUAUGAUGUAGUGUUAGGAUUCUUUUUUUUUAAACAGAUGAAUGAACAGAGGCUUAUGGAGGUGAAAUUGUCUUGGGCGAGAAUCGACUGAUAGCAUUUUGCCAACUGUCUCUAGCUGCCAUAAAAAGAUGUGACUGGUUCCCAGAAGUUUUCAGGGUUAAUGAUAUAUCUGGAAGCUUGAUAUAGGUGGCUUCAAGCUGGGGUAAACUUGGGAUGAGCUAGAUGUGAACGGUUGCAAUGACAGGGGUGCUAUUUUGAGAAACGUUUGAUCUGAUCUAAUCAGCUGAUUGUCUGGAUUCCCUGUAGAUACAGCUUUUUAGAGCUGUUGAUCAUGAAUACCUGAAAUUGUGUUACAUUAUUCAUUGAAUCUUCGCACCAUGCUGGGAGCUAUGUGCUUGAAAUAUUAUCAGCUCCAUUUACAGGGGAAGGACCAGAGGCUCAGAGAAGGAUAAGCUUGACCAUGGUCGUGAAGCCAGGACAGAGACAGGAUUUGAACGGAGGCACAGGUAGGAUCCUAUGACCAGCUGCCCACUCCAGCCCACCGUGAUGGAGGCAAAUGAUUCCUCUCGUGUGGAUUCUGAGUUCCGAUACACCCUCUUCCCAAUUUUUUACAGCAUCAUCUUUGUGUUGGGGGUCCUCGCCAACAGCUAUGUGCUGUGGGUCUUUGCCCACCUGUACCCUUCCAAGAAAUUCAACGAGAUAAAGAUCUUCAUGGUGAACCUCACCAUGGCUGACCUGCUCUUCCUGGUCACCCUGCCCCUGUGGAUCCUCUACUACUACAACGAGGGCAACUGGAUUCUUCCUGAAUUCCUGUGCAACCUCGCUGGCUGCUUCUUCUUCAUUAACACCUACUGCUCAGUGGCCUUUUUGGCCGUCAUCACUUAUAACCGCUUCCAGGCUGUAACACAGCCCAUCAAGACCGUUCAGGUCACCACCCGCAAGCGUGGCAUCCUUUUGUCCCUGAUCAUCUGGGUGGCCAUUGUGGCCGCUGCAUCCUACUACCUCAUCCUGGACUCCACCAACACAGUGCCCAACAAGACGGGCUCAGGCAACAUCACACGCUGCUUUGAGCACUACGAGAAGGGCAGUAUCCCAGUCCUCAUCAUCCACGUCUUCCUCGUGUUCAGCUUCUUCCUCGUCUUCCUCAUCAUCCUCUUUUGCAACCUGGUCAUCAUCGUCACGCUGCUCACGCAGCCGAUGCAGAUGCAGCACAAUGCAGAGAUCAAGUGCCGGGCGCUCUGGAUGGUCUGCACGGUGCUGGCUGUGUUCAUCAUCUGCUUUGUGCCCCACCACAUUGUACAGCUGCCCUGGACCCUGGCUGAGCUGGGCUUCCAGAAGAGCAACUCCCACCAGGCUAUUAACGAUGCACAUCAGGUCACUCUCUGCCUCAUUAGUACCAACUGUGUCUUAGACCCCAUCAUCUACUGUUUCCUCACCAAGAAGUUCCGUAAGCACCUAACGGAGAAGUUUUACAGUAUGCGCAGCAGCCGGAAAUGCUCCCGGCUCACCACGGAGACAGGCACCGAAGUGGUCAUGCCGCUCAAACAGGUCCCUGUCAAUUCCCUCAAAGAUUAGGCCCAGAUUGUUUGGAGCCCAGAGGCUUAUCCUCCAUGGACAUCAUGGAGGGACCUGGGGGAGGAAGGGGUGUCUGAUGCGGCCCUGGCAUCUGCUCCCUGGGCACUGGUGGCCCAUUAGGUAUGGAGGCUACCUCACCAAGGUGUCGAUGCUGGGUAGAGCCAGACUGCUGGGAAAUCCAGAACUUGAACGAGCCCUUUCAGGCACCUUUGGGCACAUGCCAUAAUAACCUUGGUUGGUAACCUCAUCCCGAGCGCCUGAGUCUGACAGCUCUGGAAGGAAUGUCAGGGCCAGGGGCAGUCCUUGGGGGUUGACACUGAGCCACCCAGUUCAUCCUACCAGGACAGCAGUCCCAAAUGAGUAAGUCCUAAAGUUUUGGGCAACCACUCCCUUUAUCACUAAAAAGUCAGAGAAGGGGUUUUGGAAAAGGGACGCUCCCCUCGCUGCAUGGCACCGUCUUUGGGAUAGACUUUUAAGCUAGGAUGGUGCUGCCCAGUCUCUACCUAAAGGCACAAGGUCUUUGUGGCACUCUCAGGGGAAGUGGCUUGGUGGAACCCUCUCGCGAGUCAUGCAACAACCUGUAUUGAGUGAUGACCAGAGAAGAUAAAACAUGCAUACACCGAAAGCUAGGAUGGGGAGCCUGUCUCCUGGGGCAGAUGUGUGUUUCCGCACAGGCCUCACCUCAGGCCUGGGGCAGCUCUGGGGCAGCGGGAGAGACACAACACCCACAUCCACCUUCUGUCUCAACAAGGGACCCUGAAGAAGUAACUCCUGCAGCACAGCCACCCACUGUGGGUGGGCAAAGUCCCCUCAAAGCCAAAUUGGGGCCCUCCAGGCCACUGCGAUGCCCAGAGGCUUCCGUGGGAAAGGGCAGUUAGGCUGAGAAGUACCUGCAGGAAGGCCUCCAGAGUGGAAGGAGUCCGUAGCUCCCCUCCCCACCUCACCUUCUGAGAGGCCCCUCUGACUUAGCUGCCACGAGCUGAGAAGAGCAACUAGAAUCCCAAGGGCGGGCAGGCACUUUGAGUUCUGGGUGCAGAAGAGAGGUGAAAACUUCUCUUGAGGAGUUCUAGAUGCCCGAGCCUCCUCUCGCACCCUGAGCACCUGCAGUGUGAACCUGACAGCCUCAGACGCAGGGGCUAGGAGGAGCCUUCCCUGGUUUCCAGAAAUCGUCUUCCCUUCCAGCCAGUGACCCCACAAAGCUGAGAUCCUCGUUUCCCGCAUACUGGGCUGAUUUUGAUAAAUGCCUCCCAAUGGGCCAGAGACCUGCUUGGGUCUGGGGUGGCAGUUGUGGGCUGGACUUAGCAGGUGGUGACUAGGUGGAUAGUGCAGCGGACUUGAACUUCGGGGUCACACAGACCCAGGUUCAAGCUGUGGCUUUGUCACUUCCUGCCCAGGGCCUGUGAACUGAGUUUCCUACCUCAUAGAGUUAUGAGGAGCAGAUACCUCUAGGUCAGGCUGACUGCUCAUCCCAGAUUCUCCCGUCUUCUGAGAAUUUGUUCCCCCGACCCUCCGAUAGGCGCUGAAGGGAUGAGAGGUGAGCGUCUGUCUCUAGUGGGGCCAGUCAGGUUCUCGCUUGGGAAUAAGCAGCAAGAUUCAGGGAUGCUCUUUCAGGCUCUGCAGGCCACUUACCGGAACACAUUUAAACUCUGGAGCUGUGUGUGUGUGUGUCUGCGUGUGUGUGUGAGGUGUGUGUGUCUGCAUGUCUGUGUGUGAGGUGUGUGUGUGUGUCUGCAUGUAUGUGUGAGUGUGUGAGGUAUGUGUCUGCAUGUUUGUGUGUGAGGUGUGUGUGCAUGUGUGUGUGUGUGUGAGGUGUGUGUGCACGUGUGUAUGUGUGAGGUGUGUGUUUGCGUGUGCGUGUGUGUGUGAGAGGUGUGCAUGUGUGUGUGUGUGAGGUGUGUGAGUGUGGCCAGCGGGCCAGGGUUGAGGGAGGCACCUGUAUGAAUGUAGUAGAGAAAAUGGCUCUGCUCAGAGAGAAGACAGAGGUGUGCAGAGCAAGGCAGAGACCGGGGGGACCGCAGGGGCCUGGAGAGAGGAGGGGCCGUGCUUCCAGGGGCCUGCUGGCUCCCUUCCUCCAGGCCCAGCCCUUCUCGAAGCUCAACAUCUGCGCUGCUUCCUUCGGGUCCUUGUGAGAUUCCCUUUUAGGAUACAUUCUCUUAUUUUGCUUAAGCUGAUUUGAGUGAUUAUCUAUUACUUGCAACCGAAAGAGUUCUGAAUGAGAUAAAUGCUUGUAUGCUAAAGCACAGUGUUUCUUGAAUUUCAGCCGUUUGUGUACUCCCCUCGUAAAUUUUGCAAUAUCCAUGUACCAUCUGUAUGUUUACUCAAGAAAUAUAUUUCUCUAAAUCGA